AACCACGAAAUCAGACAUAAAUAAAUAAAAAAUAAUUAACAUUCUCUCUCUCUCUGCGCUGCGACUCCGGCCAACCUUCGCCGCGAUCGCCGGCCCUUCCUCCUCCCCUUGAAACGGCCUCAGAUCGAGAUCUCUUUCUUCGACUGCUCCGACCAUGGAUUUCAUGAAGGUCCUUGAUCAAACGGUUCGAGAGAUAAAAAGGGAGGUCAAUCUAAAAGUUCUCAAGGUUCCCGAGAUCGAACAGAAGGUUCUUGACGCUACCAAUGAUGAAGCUUGGGGUCCCCAUGGGACUGCUUUAUCAGAGAUUGCUCAUGCGACAAAAAAAUUCAGCGAGUGUCAGAUGAUUAUGGGUGUGCUCUGGGCAAGGCUGACUGAUACAGGACCUAACUGGCGCCAUGUUUAUAAGGCACUUACUGUGAUUGAGUACUUGUUAGCCAAUGGAUCAGAACGAGCAGUUGAUGACAUUCUCGAGCAUACUUUUCAAAUUUCUGCACUUUCGAGUUUUGAGUAUGCUGAGCCUAAUGGGAAGGAUGUUGGAAUCAAUGUACGGAAGAAAGUUGAAACUAUAUUAGCUGUAAUGAAUGACAGGGAAAAGAUACAAGCAGUAAGAGACAAAGCUGCAGCAAAUCGAGAUAAGUAUGUUGGCUUGUCGUCGAAAGGAAUAUCCUAUAAAUCGAGUUCAGCCUCGUAUAGUAGUAGCAGCUAUGGAAGUGGUUACGGAAGUAGUUCUAAGGAAGUUGACUCCUUUAAAGAUAGUUAUAAAGAGGGAGAAAAUGCAAAAGAAAGUAAGUGGAAGAAUGAUAAGAAAGAUGGUCAAAAUUUAGAAGCUGGUUUUGAAAAAGAAGGGAGCAAAUCGAAGAAGCAGAUUCCACAUCAUGCUAGAAACCAAGAUUCUCCCUCAUCAAAUCCUUUAAAGAUAUCAAUCAAGUCAGCUUCAAUUUCAUCUUCUGAAAGCACCAAUGCCAAAUCCAAAAAUGAGGAUGAUUUUGAUGACUUUGAUCCACGUGGAUCUUCUUCGGCUGGACCUACUUCUGCAAGGGCUAACCAAAUGGAUUUAUUUGGAGAAAGCUUAUUGGGUGACCUCAUGGAUUCAUCACCAUCUGUCCCACCAACAGCUCCAGUUGAUAAUACUGCAAACCAUGAGGUUGAUCUCUUUGCUGAUGCAACUUUUCAAUCGGCCUCACAUGGAGAAGCAAAAUCAGCUUCUCAUGCUCAGGGAAGUGAUCUUUUUGCCAGUCAGCAAACUGUUCCUGUUGCAUUUGAUGCAACUGUAGACCUUUUUGCUGCACCAGGCCCAACCUUGCCUUCAGAAACCAAGUCUCCUGAGCAACCCAAUACUAAAAGCUUUGAUCCCUUUGCUGCAAUUCCAAUUAAUAAUUUCAAUAACUCUGAUCCAUUUGGAACUUUUGCUUCUCAUGCUGAACCAGUAGCUAUGCAAAGUUCACAGAGUUCUCCUAACAGCAUCAAGAACAAUCUAGAUGAGGACUCAAUCUUUGGUGACUUUACUUCUCACAAUGAACAAACAACUAGAGAACCUUCAAAGAGCAGCAUCAGCAGCCUGAAAACUCCUCCAGCAUCAUUGGCAUCCACUGCUAGGAAGGACAAUUUUCAGGUCAAAUCUGGCGUGUGGUCUGACUGCCUAAGCCGUGGACUGAUUGAUCUGAACAUAUCUGCUCCCAAAAAAGUAAACUUAGCAGACAUUGGCAUCGUGGGAGGGCUCGAAGAAGCAUUUGCAGAAAAAGAAAAGACUCUACCAGCCGCCGCAUUUAUUGGAAGGGGUAUGAGUUCGAGUUCAGGGCUUGAUUGGUCUGGAUUUUCAACAGCAACCAGCGCAAGUGGUAGCAAGUCGACAUCUGUGCAACACCAAUUUGGAGGUUUCAAGUGAUUGUAUUCCAACUUAUAUCGGUUUUCUUAUUUGUGCUUGAAAUGUUGCCCAUGUGAGUAUCAAGAUUGUUUAGUCGCAUUGUAUUUCCAUUUAAUUCCUAUUGAGCCCAACUCUGUGCUACUUGUUCUUAGUUUGAUGGUCAUGUGCUUAUCCCAGACCCAAAAUUAACACAGCAACUAACGCUGAUAGCUGAUGCUGUGGUUCAGUUCAA